AUGGUUACACCAAGGCAACACAUUGAAGAUAUAAGAAGAACAAAGUUCUCUAUUGGAGGGGAACCUAAUCUUUUGACUGAGGACCUUCAUCAUGCUGUCAAGAAUCUCUCUUCUGAACUUUACACAAAAGAUGUUCAUUUUCUCAUGGAGCUCAUUCAAAAUGCUGAAGACAAUCAUUACAUUGAAGGAGAGAGUCCAACACUUGAGUUUGUUAUAACUUUUAAUGACAUAACUGCUACCGGUGCUCCAGCCACAUUACUUAUUUUCAAUAAUGGAAAGGGUUUCUCUCCAAAAAACAUCGACUCCGUCUGCGGUGUUGGACGAUCAACAAAGAAAGGCAAUAGGAGCAGUGGUUACAUAGGAGAGAAAGGAAUUGGUUUCAAGAGUGUGUUUCUUGUUACUGCUCAGCCUUAUAUUUUUAGCAACGGAUAUCAAAUACGGUUCAAUGAGCGGCCUUGUCCACAUUGCAGUAUUGGGUAUAUAGUUCCUGAAUGGGUUGAGGAGAAGCCAACCCUUACUGACAUAAAGAAUAUAUAUGGUAUUGGUAAAGAUUCCCUUCCAACUACAACAAUUGUCUUACCUCUGAAGCCGGAGAAGGUCGAAUCUGUUAAGCAGCAGCUGUCGAGCAUUCAUCCAGAAGUUCUUUUGUUCCUUAAUAAAAUGAGACACCUUUCUGUCAGAGAAGUUAAUGAAGAUCCCAAAAAUAAUGCUGUAACUGCGAUAUCUAUUUCAAGCGAGAUUAAUUUUGUGACGAGGAAAAACAUGAAUGCUGAGUCUUACAUACUCCAUCUCUCUGCUGACGAAAAUAGUGACGCCGGGAUGGAAUGCAGCUACUACAUGUGGAAGCAAAAGUUUCCGGUCAGGUUGGAAAACAUGGUCGAAACAAAAAAGGAUGUGAAAGAGUGGGUUGUGACAUUGGCAUUCCCAAAUCAGGAGAGGCUUUACCGCGGUAAGACCUUACCGGGGGUCUACGCAUUUCUUCCGACAGAGAUGGUCACUAAUUUUCCUUUCAUAAUUCAAGCAGAUUUUUUCCUUGCUUCAUCAAGGGAGACAAUUCUAUGGGAUAAUAAGUGGAAUCAAGGGAUACUUGAAUGUGUACCAUCGGCUUUUGUAGAUGCACUCAAAACAUUUGUUGCAGGAUCAGUUCAAGCUCCGGUAUCCAACUUGCCUUAUUUGUUCAAGUUCCUUCCAAUUGAUAGUUCUCCUUUUGAGAAUUUCAACCAAAUGAGGAAAAAAAUCAAAGCAAAACUGCAUGAAGAAAACAUUUUACCUAUUGAGACACACACAAAGCAGAAGCAGUUCUUCAAGCCUUGCGAAGUACGCAGGCUACUACAUGAAUUUUGGAAUAUUUUGACAAAGGCCAACGACGAAGGAGUAUACUUUCCUGACUUAUCUUCUCAUGAUGGGAUAAAAAUCUUGAGUUCUUCAUUCGAUAAAAAGGAGUACCGUGACAUACUCAAAUUUUUAGGGGUGAAACUAGUGAAUAUUGAUUGGUAUGCAAAGUGCAUCCAGAGUUCUAAUCUUGUGCAUGAAGUAUCAGAAGAUGCCUAUCUUAAGAUUUUAGUGUUUGUUGCUAGGCACUGGUUUUCAAUGUUUAAAGGCUCCAACAUCAUUAAUAUUCCAUUGAUUAAAUAUGUGGCUUCUGAUGGGAUUCCGUCUUUUUUCAGUCUUCGUGAAUGCAGACAGCUAGGUGCAGGUGCCAAGCUAGUAAACAUAGCACCCUCACUUGAGACUUGUACUUAUUCUUGGCUGAUCAACUGGAACGAUGUAUUUUUAUGUGAGACAAACCAGUUUUUUAUGCCAGAAAGCACGCAACACGCUAUCUCUCAAUUUCCCAAUAAGCGUUUGUUGUUGGCUUGGUUAGCAAAAAUAUUUAAUAUUGGUACUCUGAAUGUUUACGCUUUUGCUAAAGUCCUCCUCGGUUCUAUUAAUAAUAACAGCGAAUUUGCCAUUGCAUAUGCUCAUUUCUUAUAUGUAGCUUUGUCAACGGGUUAUUUGUCAAGUCUGCAGGUUUCUAGCCUAUGUAGUUUUAUGCCACUUGUGGACAACUAUGGAAAUAUAACUAAAAGUAGAAAAGGGGUUCUUCUGCCUGCAAAUGUGAGCAAAUGGUCUGAUUUGAUUAUUUCUAAUCCAUGGAGAAAUGAAGGUUAUGUUGAGCUAGGAAAAGCAUACCUAAAUGCAUCUUCUUAUGCAGGCCAAAAUACAAGUUCUAUGAAGGUUAUUAAUUUUCUCGAAACCUAUUUUAAAGCUUCAGACAUACCUUAUAUAUAUCCACCAAAUGCUGGGUUUUCGGCAGCAGAUACACCACUUACCAAAGACAAUGCCUUUUUGCUUUUGGAUUGGAUUCGGAAUCUGAGGUGUAAGGGAACAGGCCUACCGAUGAGGUUCUUGGAAUGCAUAAGAAAAGGCAACUGGCUUAAAGUUACAUGUAGUAAUGGUUACAUGCCUCCUUCAGAGUCAUUCUUAAUUGGCUCAUCAUUGAUAAAAUAUUUGCAAAGUAGUUUAGUUCUUGUUGACAUUGCCCUGAUUGACGAGAGCUUCUAUGGGGAUAGAAUACAUGAGUACAAACUGGAGUUGACAAUGCUUGGAGUAAAAAAGUUCAGUUAUGCGGAAGCAUUCGAGUUCAUUGAAAGAGAACUAAUGUCUCGUGCCGCUUCUUUCUCUUUACAAGGGAGUUAUGUUCUUUCGAUGCUUAACUUCAUCCAAUAUCUCAGGAAAAGUCAGAUUCCUUUGGACAAAUUUGUCGACCGCCUUAGAGUGGAAAGUUGGCUAAGGACACCUUGGGGUCUUAGGUCUCCUGUGGGAUCUGUAUUAAAUGAUUCUAGAUGGAAAGUUGCAUCACAGAUUAGUAAUAUACCUUUCAUUGAUAAUGAUUAUUUUGGUCACGAAAUAUAUAAUUACAAAGAGGAGCUCAAGUUGCUAGGAGUGAUAGUUGACUUACUUGGAAAUCACCAAGUUGUCAUCGAACAUUUAAAAUUACCAUCAAAUUUGUCUUCUUUGACAGAUGAGGCUGUUCUUUUGAUGCUUGAAUGCAUCAAAUACUCGAAUGCCCCGACUAAACUAUUAAAUUCACUGAAGGGAACGAACUGCUUGAAGACAAACAUAGGUUUUAAAACGCCAGACGAGUGUUUUUUGUAUGAUCCGGUGUGGGGCUGCAUUUUAAAGGUAUUCAAUGGUUUUUCUGUUAUUGAUCAUGAAUUUUAUGGGGAGAAAAUUUUCAGUUACAAAGAUGAGUUGAAGCAAAUAGGGGUGCUUGUUGAUUUUAAGGAUGCCAUCAAAAUAUUUGCUAGUCUUUUCGAACAAAAGGCAUUGGAAACUUCAAUUAACCAACAACAUGUUAUCUCAUUUCUCUCUUGUUGCAAGCAGCUGAAGGGAACCGACUACAGUUUCCCUUCUGAUUUCUCAAUCGUCCUAAGUAAAAUGAAGUGGUUGCAUACCGAGGUUGGUGGUUUUAGGUGCCCAAGAAAGUGCAUUUUAUAUGGUCCGGAGUGGAAAUCGAUAUCUUCCAUAACUUGUCUCCCUUUCAUUGAUUAUAACGACAGACGUUUUGGUAUGAGCAUAUAUAAGUACAAGGAAGAGCUGAAGAGAAUCGGUGUUGUUACUGAAUUGAAAGACGGGGCGAGGUUUUUGCCUGAAUGUCUGAGUUUUCCUUCAAAUCCUUCCAACAUUACUCCUAAAAGUGUAUUUUCUUUGCUGGAAUGGAUCCGACUUCUAAUGCAAGAUCACAAGCCUACAAUAGAAGAUGAUGAUUUGAAGAAAAGAUUGUCCCAAAGUUGGUUGAAGACACAUGCUGGUUAUAGGCCUCCAGACAAAUGUUUGUUCUUUGAUUCGAAGUGGGGUUCUUUCUUGAAUCCAACCGACGGGCCUUUUAUUGACGAGAACUUUUAUGGACCUAAAAUUGCAGUUUAUCAGAAAGAACUCAAUGCAAUAGGGAUCACUAGUGAAGUUGAGAAGGGAUGCUCCUUGCUUGCCACACACCUUGACUCUCUCUCUGAUCAUGGUACCAUUGUGAAAAUAUACAAGUACUUAUGUGAACACAAUUGGAAACCUGAGAAGAGAAAUGCAAAAAAGAUUUGGAUUCUUGAUGAAGUUAAAGGUGGUGGUAAGUGGGUUGAUUCUCAUGAAUGCAUCGUACACGACCCUGCUAAACUUUUCGGUUCAAAAUUUUAUGUUCUAGAAGAUAUCUACGAUAGCGAUAUUCUUCUCUUUCUGUAUGUUACAAUGGAAGUCAAGAACAAGCCCUCACUAGAAGAUUACGUUGACCUUUGGAAUGAUUGGGGGAGUUCAAUGCAGCAAUUGUCAUAUGAUGAGUACUGCAGAUUCUGGAUGUCUAUCUCGAAACAUUUGAGCACAAAACAAGAGAAAAAAUUUGCUGAGAGUUUGAUGAAACUACCUGCAACAUCAGGAAAUAAUAAAAUAUUUCUGGUAGAUAAGGAAGAUGUUUUUAUUCCUGAUAACUUACAAAUGAAGAAGCUUUUUGAGAGGGAGAAAGUUUUUGUAUGGUAUCCUCAGCAUAACAUGACACCGUUGUCUAAGUGUAGACUAUCUGAAAUAUACAGAAAAACCGGCGCUAAAAACAUCUCAGAAUCACUGUGCAAAGAAGAAUCAUCCUUAGUGAAUGAUGAUGUUAAACCGAAGCAUGUUGAUCCAAAUAAUAUUUUCAACUUAAAAGGGUUGGUUAAGCUUAUACUUGGUUUUCUUGCAUGUUCUAACCUUAAAAUGGAACCAAAUAAGAGACAUGAAGCUGUUCAAAGUCUUCUCAACUUGAGCUUCCAUGAAACAAUGGAGCCAAUCAAUGUAAGCUAUAGUUUGUCACUAUCAUCAGGAGACAUCAUUACCAAGAAAGCAAACAAAAGUGUAUGUUGGGAAAGUCAAAGUUCCAAGUUUAUCAUCCAAAAUAUGGAUGGUGAUUCAUUGAAAUAUGCUACAAGUUUUUCUGAAGCAAUAUCUGAGGGUGUUUUGUGUGAGAAUCAUGAUUAUGUUCCUGCACUAUCCGAACUAAUCACAUUGGGAUUUUUUCUGAAAUUCAAGAUUGAAGAAAUUGAUUUUUUAAUGGAAUCCAAGUAUCUGCAAAUUGACCAUGAAGAUGAGAAGUUCCUCAGUUCUGUCUUCGCUUCUGACUAA